AUGAUCAAUUAUCGCUAUUUUGUUUCCUUUGUCUUUCUAGUAUUACUCGGUGGUGUGCUUUUCAGCUUUUCGAUCGCGAACCUUUCAAAAUUUCCAUCACCAGUUAAUGCUACUUUAACAAAUUUUCCAACAUGGCAUCCUGAAAUUCAAAACUUUAAUCUACAAAUAUGGUAUUCAAUAAUCGUCUUCACAUCUUUCUUACAAAUAGUUCCCGGAAUACUUAUGCUAAUAUGGACUUUAAAAUAUGAGACACUUAACGUCUUCAUAUUUAAUAACGAAAAAACUCCAACAACUACUUUUAAUAAAUUGCUCGCUGGUUAUAGCAUCAUGACUGGUAUAAUUGCAGUCACCUUGAUCAUAUUUGAUCUUGGAAAACUCUUUGCAUCGCUUGCCAUAAUGCAUAAUUAUUUUGAAGUUAUUAUUAUGAUACUUUUACAUCAAGGUGGAAAUCUUGCUACAAAUAAUAAUAUUCUUCAGUAUAGUAUCAUUUACAUAUUAAUAGUCGCUGUUGCAACUAUAUUGCUUCAGUGGCCGUAUGACGCUUUUUUCUUUAAAGCUCAAGGUUAA